AUGUUAUGUUCAUUUGCUAUUGAUAAUGAUAUAUGUAUUUUCAAAAACUUUGCAAGUUAUCAUGAUACAUCAAAUUUUGAUGGACAAUUUACUGGUGAACCUUUUCAAUUUACACCACCUGAUAAAGAACUGAUUAUGGCCAUAGAUCAAAGCGAAUUUGAAUCAUUUCCCUAUGUCAAUAAGGCAUAUUUACCAACACCAACGUUGGUAUCUAUCACUUUAUAA